GUUCAGUGGCAGAAUACUGCAGACAUCAGUUUUAUUAAAAACUUACUUUUAGAUGGACGCGCGUAUUUUGACAUAAAGAGCGCGCGAAAUUCGACAUUUUAACGUAUUUUUUUUUAAAUAUUUGUGAGUGCGGUGUUGUUUUAUUUUUUGUGUGUUGUGCCAGUAUUUUUGUGAAAAUGCCUGCAUACGACAACGAAGGUGCCACUAUAUCUAUGGAGGAUGUACGGACACCGGACCCGCCAAUCACAAUUAGCACAAUAGAAGAAGAAUUGACUGCCAGAAGAAACCGCAUGCUUAAACCGCAGAAGUCCACAGUAUCUUCUAGAAAACAGCAGGCCGUGUGUGUUAGGAGGGCUCACAAAAAAUAUGGUCCUUCGAAGAACCCUAACAUAAUUUUGGAUGGCCUAAAUAUGACAGUUCCUAAAGGUGCAAUCUAUGGUCUUCUUGGCGCAUCAGGCUGUGGGAAGACUACUCUGUUAUCCUGUAUAGUUGGAAGACGGAGGCUCAACUCUGGAGAAAUAUGGGUCCUUGGGGGAAGACCUGGGGGUCCUGGGAGCGGCGUGCCGGGACCUAGGAUAGGGUAUAUGCCACAGGAAAUUGCUCUCUUCGGAGAGUUUUCAAUUCGCGAGACCAUGAUCUACUUCGGCUGGAUCGCUGGCAUGGAGACCAAGGACGUGGAAAUGAGGAUAGACUUCCUUAUAGCACUUCUACAGCUUCCUAACGCUUCCAGACCAGUCAAAAACUUAUCCGGUGGACAGCAGCGAAGGGUGUCACUAGCAGCCGCCCUGAUCCACGAUCCAGAAUUGCUGAUUCUUGAUGAGCCUACUGUCGGAGUGGACCCUGUGCUCAGACAGAGCAUUUGGGACCAUCUCGUAGAAAUCACGGCCGGCGGCAGGACCACAGUGAUCAUCACCACACAUUACAUUGAUGAAACAAAACAAGCGAAUAUUAUCGGGCUGAUGCGCGGCGGAAGAUUCUUAGCCGAAGAAUCACCUUCAGAGCUGAUCCGUCGCUACCAAGCUGAGAGCCUCGAAGACGUGUUCCUGAAGCUCUCAGUCCUUCAGAACAUGGGAAAGAGAAGGAGGUCCAGUAUCCUGGCUGAUGUCAUUGACAAAGUGGAACUGCCUGCUAUUCCUAACCCCGCGGCCAUAGAUCUCGAAGAGGCAGAAAUAGGUGAAAUCUCUGGAGAAUUCGGUGACAAUGUCUCCAUGAGCAGUAAGGGUCGCGUAGUCGUGACUCCUGAACUCUUGGCUCCGGUGGAAGCCUUGCCUCCCGAGGAAGAAGUCCACAGAAACUGCAUUGAAAGGAUCAAACCGAUGAAAUGGCAUCACAUGAAGGCGCUCAUUUGGAAAAACGCAUUGAGCUUGUUUAGGAAUUUUGGUGUCCUCGCGUUCAUCAUUGGUCUACCCGUGAUGCAGAUGAUUCUCUUCUGCAUUGCCAUUGGUCAUUAUCCCGUGGGAUUGCCCCUCGCUGUGGUCAACUACGAGACGAACAACAGCAUGGCCCUUUGCGACUAUGACAAGAAUUACUGCCCCCAGGACAAGGAGACUUAUGAAUGGAACCUGACUUACUUCAGUUGCCAGUAUUUAGAUCAUUUGAAGCUACGGCAGGAUAAUUUGGUCUACUUCCCCACUGCAGAAGAAGCCAAGCUAGCAGCAAGAAAGGGCAAAGCGCGAGCCGUGCUCAUCAUUCCUUCCAACUUCACGAUCAGCCUUCAAGACAGGAUGACUGACCCACGGCAUACCGACAACUAUACUAUAGACAGCUCAGUGAUCACUGUACAUGUGGAUGAUACUGAUAAACAAGUGGAAUGGAUGUUGACCCGAGACCUUAUGACAGCUCUGGCCAACACUACGGAACAUCUGACCAGGAUCUGUGACCUGCCUCUAAGGAUGAUGACCUUGCCAGUUAAUUUCCAUGACCCCAUUUAUGGCAUGAAGGAGCCAGAUUUCACGGAUUUUGCUGGUCCAGGAGUCAUACUUACGAUAAUAUUCUUUUUGGCUGUGGCGUUGACCUCGGGUGCCAUGUUGGCUGAACGUAACGAGGGAAUCCUGGAACGAUCACUAGUAUCCGGAAUUACAGGCACAGAGAUCCUGUUCUCCCACGUGGUGGUACAGAUGUUCGUGAUGACGGUUCAAUCUCUGAUGGUGAUGCUGAUCGGCUUCGUCUUCUUCGAGCUGAGCCACAAAGGACCGUUAGGCUGGGUCAUAGUGCUCAUUCUGAUCACUGGCCUGUGUGGAAUGACCUUUGGUUUCGUCGUGUCGUGCGUCUGUGAUACGGACAGAACAGCAACUUACAUGGCUCUGGGUUCUUUUCUGCCGAUGGUACUUCUAUGCGGAAUCAUUUGGCCUGUUGAAGGAAUGCAUAUAGUACUCCAAUGGAUCAGUUACGUCCUUCCCUUGACGAAAUCGACAGAGUCUCUUCGGUCAAUGCUGCAAAGGGGAUGGACCAUUUCCAUGCCAACAGUGUACUCCGGAUUCAUUUCCACCAGUAUAUGGAUAGCUAUAUAUUUGACAACGAGUAUCUUACUUUUGAAGUUCAAGAAAGGCUAAAUAUGUUAAUUUAUUUAGAUUAAUAUAAUUAGGAUUAGUCACAUUUUAUGCAGUGGUGUUUGCCUAAAAAAUAUUUUGAUCUAUUUAAAAAAAAACUAGCCAAAAGCCUUCAGAAAUACCCUGACGGUUUUGUUUGUCUCUGUGCCAAAUAUUAUCAAAAUAGGCCCUGUUUUAAGCUGAACGUAGCCGUCCAGUCUUUUUGAGACCGUUUUCGCUGUCUACCCCGUACGAAAUAAAGACGUGAUUGUAUGUAUGUCUAGUAUUUAUGAAUUCUUUCCUUAAAAACUGAAUUACAAAUUUCCAUACUAAUAAAAUUACUUUAUUAGCUUAUUUAUCAUGGGGGUAGGCAGAGACUACAGAAAUUUUAUAUUGAGGCUCAAUAACUACUUUUUUGGCCUUUUGUAAAAUAAAAGUACUUACCUACUUCUUUCAAGUAGGUACUACAUACGAUAGCAGUUUUGCCAAUAAAAAUUAUACCAACGUUAUCAAGAAAGAUAAUUUUAUUUUAAGUUAGGCUGGAGUAAUUCCAUAGUAAUGUAGAUUGUCGAUGUUUAACUAGUACUGAACACGCGUAAAUUAUUUGUAAUUUAAUUUUAGUUUUAAUUAAAUUUGUAUUUAAAAGGGUAAUGUUAAAUGAAAUUGUAAUGGUUCAGUGUGAUUGAAUUUAUGAAACACAUGUGAAUUAAAUUUGAAAAAUUAAGUAAGUAAUUUUACGAUGACUUACUUAAAUUAUAACUUACUUUUGAAAUGUGAAUUUACUUGUAAUACCUAUGAAUAUCUUUUUAUAAAAUGAUUUAUGGCACAAUUUUGACAUAGUUACCUAUAUAUUUAAACCUAAAUAUUCUUUUUAAUUAUUUUUCCGAGUGUUGUUAAUUUAAAAUUGGUUUAAUUAUGGUUACUUAACUUUUUACUAAGCACAUUUAUAAUUUGUGUUUAUCACAUUGUACAAAUAAAUAGAUAUAAUUUAUAAACUAUUAGUCCUAUUAUAUUAAUUUUUGGUUUGUUUUGGGGUAAUGAAAUUGUAUAUUUCUGUAUUCUACUUUACUGGAUAAGGCACCUUGUGCGCACUACUUUAGGCCUCUUUUUGCUUACCACUAGGCAGAUAGGUCAAGCGCGCUCAAAUCUAUUAUAAAAUAGGCUUAUUAGGUACACUUGUACUAAUUGUUUGCUUGCUCGUAAAACAAGUGCUGUGUUGACAUACCAUUUUAUUGAAAUAAAUCAUGGAUUGAACAUUGUGUACCUUACCUGUUGAAUGAACUUAUUUUUGUGAGACUAACCACGUAUCAAUAAUAUUUCAUAUUAAGAUUGAUUUGUAAAUAUUUAUUAGAAAAUUAAUAUUUUUAUAAUUUUGCAGUACAAUUAUGUAAGUAGUUGAGGAUUUUUACAAAUAUUGUAAAUUUGUAUAUUUUGUAUUGUGAUAGUAAGAUUAAAAUUU